UGCAAAAUGAGCUUCGUUACGGCCUGUCGUUCUUGUAAGAUCGAAGGGCGGUAAGGAUGCAGCAUAUCAAUCACCGGACGGCAGUACUCGUAAUCCCCAUUUCAUGUCCCCGACCAUCAUGAACAACCGCCAAAAUCUAGUCAUUUCCAAAGAAUGGAGCAGAAGGUAAGAGGGAAUCGCAACAUAACGUAACAUGGAUCCUUUCGCCGCCAUCGACGAGGAGGUUGGUCGGCCCUCCGACUCCCAGGAGGAGCGCCUCCUCCACUUCACUUUCAUCAACGACGCCCCCCCCGCGGACGCCCCCGUCGUCAUCUGCUCUCUCCCCGACUCCCCCUCCGCCGCCGGCGCCGGCCGCGCUGCUGGGUCGCAGCUCCCCCAGGUGGACGACAAAGGGAAGACUCCGGCCGUCGUCGGAGAAGCCUCCCACGGCCGCCGCGAGAAUCCAGGGCCGUCCAAACGCUGCAAGAUCAAAUCUUGUGCUUCCAGGCGGAGACUGGGGGGCGUCCAGAUUAGGUCCUCCGCCUCUCCUGGCGGAACGCCUCCCGACGAGGAUGAGGAGUUAGGGUUUGGUGAAGGCGGAGCGCCAUCAUCGAGGCCAGAUCAAGAAGAUGGCAUGCGAUCGGACAAUCCCCAAUCUGAUCCGAAUGCCCAGACGAGCACCACCAGGAACCCAGAUUUUGCUGCUAAGGUUGUUCCAGAGUCGAGAAAGCUGCCGGCUUCGAUCCGAAAUCCACCGCUGGCGGAGGGGAAUGUGGCCUCUUCUAGUUCUACUGCCGGCGGUCGGAAUUCACCACCUUCGAUCCCGAGGGAAGCGGCUUCCGUGGCCGACAAACCAGUCCCCCCGGGCAGUCUUCUGGAUGUCAUUAAGAUGUUCUCUGAAAAGCCCAGCGGGAGAUUUGCUGAUAUGGAUCUACUGGAAAUCCUCGACAUGAAAGGCGCAGGGUUCCUUCCGCCCCGGUGGUGGCGCCCGGAGGGCUAUGGCAAUUAGAACAUUGGGAAUUUUGGAGCAGGAAUCGUUUUGUGGUCACCUGAAGUUGGGUUUUCGAGAAAAGCUUUCCGUUUCCUGAUUCAGAGAGUUAACUCCAGGUUCUUUCUUUUUGUGGCCCUGGUUUCUCAAACAAAUGCUUGGAAUGGUACUGUUUUGAAUGGUUUGUUUUGCUCAAAUAUAAUGUUUGGGUUAGAAACAGCAUGUGCUUACGUGCCAAAUAGAAAAAAUAACUUUUGUAGCACCUUUUUAAAUAGUACUAUCAAGUAUGCUGAUGUAAAUGUAUAGCUUAGUGAUAUGUAAGGUGUUGAUCAAAUUUAAGCCAUCCGGGUGUUGAUUGCUAAUUCAAAAUAUAGAAGCUACUCGCUUGGUUAUAUUUCUAUUAUAGUUUCAAUGGACCGAACAAUGGUGAAUUUCAGAUGGGGUAUUUAGAAUGGUACUCUCAUGACCGAUGAUCCACUCCUUUACUCAUAAUAGAAGGUUGUCAACGAUUUCUGAAGCACCAAUCAUGCAAUUCACUGCCUGUCAGCAGGUGAAAAACAUGGUUAGAGCAACCUAUUAUUGCAGGUCAGUGGAGUAGAUUGUCGUAUAGUGGCAGUGGUAAUAUAGCUAUAUUUUCUGAUAAUUAUGAUUUAUAAUUCAUGAAUCAUGACACCUACCAUCAGUUUACUUCUCUUCUGAGUUCCUUUGUUUCCUUUGAUAUAAUUUAUCUAGAUAAUAUAUGCCUACUUUUGACUUGUUCCCUUUUGCCAAAGUAUGCCCACUUUUGAUAAAAGAUCCAGAUUUGAUCCAUUGUAGUUACACUGGACAAUUAAAUUAUAUAGCUGGUGCAUAUCUUAGUAGAAGCACUAUGAUCACCUUUAUCAAUGACAGCAGUUAUUUGUCAUGUUUUUUUUUUGAGCUUGAUAUUAGCCAAAAAUAUAUGUCAUGUUAUAUAUAUGGCAUGUAUGUAGUUUUGACAGUGGAUACUGAUGCACUUGCAAAGGAUCUGAACCAAUUUAUGACAGGUUUGUUUAGUUUUAUAAAAACUUGAACUUGUAUUCCUGAAGAGAAAUUAAAGGGAAAAUGCAAAGCACAUGUUGCUUUAGAACAUUCACCAAAUCAAUCUUUUUCACCUAGCUUCACAAAUCUUUGAUAUAAGUGUUUUAUCAUGUCAAGAGUUUUAUCUGUAGGAGAUAUUCCUCCUACCUUUUACUCUUUACUUUCUGUUGAUAGGGUUGGAUGUACUCAAGUUAGAGCUAUAUGAAAUGCCGUUUUCACCAAAAAAAAAAAAGAAAAAAGAAAAAAGAAAAAAAAGAAGGAGUGUUCCACAUAUCAAAUUCAAGCCAAACAUGCAUCAGCACUUCAUAGUUGUGCUAAGGUUGUAUUUCAGAUAUCUUACAUAUUAAAAUUGAGGUAUGCAAUUUUUUUUGAAUGAAAUGUGAAAAAAUAUGAACAUUUUCAAUAGUAUAUCUCUUAUAGAUAUUGAGACGGCACCUAUUCAUGAGACGUUAGUAUUCAAUCUAGUCUCUGGCCCAACUUUCAGGAGAUUGUUGCAACUCAAUAUUUUUCCUAGAACAACUAGUGAAAUGAAUACUUGCAUCAUUGAGGUUCUUCAGGUUCUAAAUCAGUUUUUUGAACUGUGUGACAUUGUUCACUAUCUGCUAGGAAGAUUUAAUAUUUCACAGGAAAAAGUACCUAUUGAUCUCUUUUUUUUUUUUUCAAUGCCAUUCAUCUCCCUUCAAUAAAGGAAGGCAACAGGUGGAUGUGGUUAUGAAUAACUGAAAGUUCUUCAAUUAUGAGUUUUUUUUGGGUUUCCCUAGGGUUUGGAGGCCAAACAUUCACCCCCUUCUCACAGUGUUCCAGAAUAAUUAAAUAUCUUUAUUGGUGUAAUGAAGAAAAAUUAACUAUAAGGCAAAGCCACAUGGCUCUAAACUCCAAAAUCUUGUUCUCUUUCUCCUUUCAAGAAACUCACAAAUGCAGCCUUAAAGACUUCCCGAAUCCAAGAUGACCAGUCUCAGUGGGCCGCCAGUUCCUUCCCUACCUCUUAACGCAAUUGCCUUUGUAAUUAAUCCAUUCUAUUUGCAUUGACCAUUCUAAUCUCCAAACUGUUUUUCCAUGUUAAUUAACUACAUUCACCUAUUGUUAUUCUCAAAAAUAUGAAUAAAAAACCAAUUAUCUAAAAUUGCAUCAGCUAUCCUUUUUGUACUGGUUCAUACUUUCAUUCUCAUUUGUCUACUGUUUUCAAGAUUUGUUGAAUUUUAGGUUCUUUCCGAAGUAAUAAUUCACAUUCGCCAAAAUAAUCCUGAUACAGACUGUCCGAACUCUCUUUUUCUAAUCCCCUGCAGUGGAGAGCUUGUCUUACAAACUUAGUGCAUGCUGAAGAUAUCUAAACUACUUUUGCAAACAAUUGUUAUCUAACAUUUUUCACAGAGCAAUUUUCAUCAAAUGUGUGAAAAUUACCUUAAUCAAUGUACCCAGUCCUGGUGGUUCAAAUCCAUCUCAGCCCAAUGAUUCAUUGCUCCAUGAAUAUGAAAUGACCAAGCUCCAUGAUUAUGAAAUAACCAAUGUUCAGCAUUAUUUAACUUCUUUAGCAAUUUCGUAUUCAAAUCUUUUUCUCCACCAUUUGCUAUCAUUUUUCUGGUCUGCAUAUCCUCAAAACCAUUAAAUAUAUUAGAUUGGUACAUUUAAGAUUUUGGCUGUCAAUUGCUAUUGUGAUACAUGCUAUUCAUUUUUUUCUAUAAAGCAAAGAAUUUUCAUUAAAAAAAAAAAAGAACAUUGUGGACUAUGAAACAUUAAAAGUACCUGGCGCAGGGCUUUCAAUCAAGGUGCGAAAUUUAACUUAGCUAGCUUUCUUCUUCUUUCUGUUUUAAUGUCUUCUGCUCUUUUUGUUUUUUUUAUGUCUUUUCUUUUUUGUUUGGGUCAGAUGCUUUUGUAGUUGAUAUUUAUUGAGCUAAUAUUGCAUGCAAAAUCUAUUAUGUAUUACCUAAAUCAUGGUGUUAAGCAUGAUUGCUUCCAUGUAGGAAUUACCAGGAUAAGUAGCGAUACAUACAAUGUCCUAGAGGACAAAGGUAUCGGUACUCUCAUGUUUACUCCUAUAUGGACAUCUGUAAUCAUUCAUAUUACUCUCAGAGUUAAGAAAGGUGCGCAGAUUUUAGGCUCACAAGGAACUGAAGUCAAUCCUGUGCCACUUUGCAUUAAGGCUGAGCCUGCUGCAUGCUUCAAAAGUUGGAUAGUUGAGAAUCAACAAGGUUAGUUAUUGGUGUUGGUUUCAGUACCAAGCAUCAACAAGGUUAGUUAUUGGUGUUGAAGACUUGAAGCCUUUACUGGGCAAUCUGGAUACAAGGAAUACUGGAAUAGUUUUGAACAAACAAAAGCAUUUUCAGACACUAUAUGCAAGUUCUGCAAGAAAGAACAGAGAGAUGUACCUAGACCUUGAGAAUCUUGUUGUGGGAGCUUGUGCGAGUUUGAUGCAACUAUAAUGGCGAACACAGAGGAUGGAGCAGUUCGAGUAUCUUCUGGAUGGUUAGGUACAUGAUUGUCAGAAAAGUUCCAUCCAGUGUUUGUGUUCAGGGAUAUCAGCACAAAAUCAUAAUGUACAUGCCUGAGGACUCAGCUUGAGAAAA